AUGGGAUGCUCUAUUCAAAAACACCAAUCAAGCUAAUUAAAUACCAAAAAGUUAAAGGAAAAGUCUUUAUUUAACCAAACAUUCGAUGACGAUCAAUCCAAACAAUAAAUUACUAAAUCACCUCCAACUUUUUCAAAACAUCAAUCACCUUAAACUAAUUCCAAAUAGUUAUCUUAAAAAUAGUAAAUAAAGAUUCAAGAAAUCAUUUUUAACAAAAAAAUAAUCUCGAAGCAAACUGCUCUGCUGAAUUCUGAUGAACAAUACUAAUAUUAAUAAACUUUAAUUGGACUAAUUAAAAAAUGACAAAUCGAUUGCCUCAUUGAGUUAUAUUGUAUAUAAAC